AUGAGAUUCGCUUCUUUAACUUUGCCGUUGUCGCUUUUCACAACAUGGUCCGUGAUUCAAGCCGCUGCCGCCCCGGCGGCAGGCUCACAGGUCCUGACCCCUCAAGACUUCAAUCAGACCAUCGCAGACGGUGUUUGGUUCAUCGAACAUUUUUCCCCAUAUUGUCGGCAUUGUCGCAACUUUGAACCGACAUGGAACCGUGUAGUAGAUAAAUUCGAGAAGAAACCCGAUCUAGGGAUACAUCUGGCACAGGUGAAUUGUGCGUUGAAUGGAGACUUGUGCACCGAAAACGGUGUUACAGGAUACCCUCAAAUGAACCUCUACCGAAACGGGCGCUUUGUAGAGACCUUCACUAAAGAUCGCGACUUCGAUAUCCUUGUAGAUUUUCUUCUUGCGCGUGCUGAACCUACUGCAAAUUCCUUGCCAUCCUCGGCUGUGGUUGAGCAGGAGGAAAUGACAGCCGUGAUCGCUCCUGUAGAGGAGAAUUUGAUGGUCCACGAGUCGCAGGUGGAAUCCAACCCUUUAGGAGAGGUGAUAUCCUUAACUAGCGAGACGUUCGACAACAUUGUAGACCAGGCGCCUAUAUUUGUCAAGUUCUUUGCGCCGUGGUGUGGACACUGCAAGAAACUUGCUCCAACGUGGAUACAGGUUGCUCGUCGCAUGCAACAUAAGCUCAACAUCGCGGAAGUCAAUUGUGAUGAGUACAAGUCGCUAUGCUCGAAGCAAGGAGUCACGGGUUAUCCUAUGCUGUUCUACUACUCUCAUGGCACAAAGACAGAGUACUCGGGAAGUAGAAAAUAUGAGCCGCUCGUGGCUUUUGCUGACAAGGCAGCAUCUCCGAUCAUGCAACCAAUAAGUGCUCAGGAUCUCAACAAGGUUGUUCAUGAAAAUCCUGUUGCGUAUGUCCUCUUAUUUUCUUCAUCAAAUGAACAUACUGUCAGUGAGAUCGCCAAAGACACUCAGAUGCUCCUUGGGUCGCCCCCUGUAUUUCUAUCAUCCUCCAGGGAACUUUUUGCUCGCUACGACAUCCCAGCGACAGAAUCCUGGGCCAUCCUGGCAUUCAAAGAUAAUGACCCACAGGAACCCACCUCAGUCUUUAGCUCAUCCAGUUCUGACAUACUUAGCACUUGGCUCUUUGCCAAUCGCCUCCCAACCUCCCUCGAGCUCUCACGUGAUGCGUUUCAACAGGUAAUGAAUGCUCCACAUAAGCCACUUGUUGUUAUCGCUGCGACGCCCGGUGACGUGCAAAAUGAUAUCUCAUCGAAGUUGAACGAUAUCGCGAAGAAGUGGCGCAUGCGUAAGAGCUAUGUUGGCAAGCAAGAUGUGGUAUUCGCGUGGAUGGACGCUGAUCAAUGGGGAAGUUGGAUGAAGAGUAUGUACGGUGUGAAGGUCAAAGACCAGCCGAAGGUGGUCGUUGCUGAUCAUAAUCGCCUAAUCUACUGGGAUAGGGAUACUACUGGGCAACCUAUUCAGCUAAACGCCGUCAGCAUAUUCUCUGCUAUCGAAGGAGUUUACGACAACAAAAUACGUUCUAAGCACUCAGAGAACAUCCUAGAACGCUUUCUUCGGGUCUUAAACUCAAGUCUCACAAGCACUGAGAGUUUUAUCAUUGCCCAUCCGUAUAUGGCCGUCCUGCUGAUUCUUGGAUUUUUGGCAGCGGUCGUUAUGGCGAUCAAGAAACUUUUGGAUGAUGAUACAGAUGUGCAGUCCGGGCAUAAGUACUUCAAGGGUGGUCGUCUAGAUUGA